AUGGAUGAUAUACAAUCCUGGUCCGAAGUGCCAAGCAUCGCCCAUUUUUGUUCACUUUUUAGGGCAGCUUUCAAUUUAUUGGAUUUUGAUAUUGAAGAAGCAUUGCUGACUGAUGGAGCCGAAGAUUCUGGUAGCUCAUUAUUGCAAGAACUUAUUGUUCGUUUACUAUGUGGGUGUAUACAAAGCAAUGAAAUAUCAACAUUCAAUUAUCAAAUGUUUUUGAGGAGGCUUUUUAGGCAAAAAUGCCUCGAAUAUGGAAGGGAAAAUCCGUUUAACACAGAUAUUGAUUUUCAAUUUUUACCGCUUAGAACAAAAGUCGAGAUAUUGCAUGCCCUGUGUGAUUUUCGUUUAGAUGCUGAUGAUGUGCAAGAUUUACUUAAGAAUUUGGAAUCGGACAGUCUUAGAGUGGAACCAUUGGGACAUGAUGAGAAAAAGUCGGCUUAUUGGUAUUUUUAUGGCACUCGUUUGUAUCGAGAAGAUUUUCCUAAAAAUAAGAAAAAAAUUCGCGAGAAAAGAAGGAAGAGUAAAGAGGAAAAACGUAAUAAAAAGAAAAAAAAUAAAACAUCAUAUGAAUCAGAUAUUGAAGAUGAUCUCGCUCCAGGGAUAUGGCAAGUUGUUUGUUACACAGAGCAAGAUUGGGAAAAUUUAGCAUUGAAGUUUAAAGGGUCCACGUGUAAAGAUGAAAAGGAUUUACAUAGGACAUUGACGGAAGAUUUUUUACCAGAGAUUCCAAGGUUAUUUGCGGAGAAAGAAAGGUUGCAAAGGAAGAGAAUGAUGGAGUUUCAACCGAGGAGGCAAUCGAGCAGAUUAGAAAAAUUAAAACAGAGAGAAGAAGAGGAAAAAAUACUGGCUAGAGAAGAGGAGGAAAAAUUAAAAUUGGAAAAAGAGGAAAGAGAGCGAAGAGAACGGCUCAUGGCCAGAGCCGUUCGAGCAUUUCAUCGCGGUUCGUCAAAGUCCGGAUCGGAUUGUGGGAGUUAUCGAAGUGAACGGGAACGGGAAGGAGAUGAGGCCGGUGGUGGUGGUGGUGGUGGUGGUGAUGACAAUAACCAGUUAUCAAUCGGUCGUCAGACAAAUAAUUCAUUAGCUUCUGCGACGGGACAAAUAAUAAUUCAACCUCCCAGGCGGAAAAAACUCAGGAGUAAACAAGUUUUCAAAACUAGCGCUGAAGAUCUCAGAACCGGAAUGUACAAAAUUUUAGAUUAUAUAAAAAGCCACGAGGAAGCUUGGCCAUUUGUAGAUCCCGUAGAUGAAAAUUACGCUCCAAAGUAUUACUCGGUCAUUCGAAAACCCAUGGAUUUGCAAAGGAUGGAAGAAAAAUUGGAUUGCGGAGAGUAUUUAACGUUUAAUGAUUUCAGGAAUGAUUUUCAACUUAUCGUAGACAAUUGUAGACAAUACAACGGCUCUGAAAAUGAAUAUACAGAAAUGGUUAAGAAUUUACAAGAGGCUUUUCGAGAAGCGACCGAUCGAUAUCUCGAAUCUGAUCCAUCGUCGGACGAAGAAGUUGCAGUUGAGUUUCCGCCAGUUUUCGAAGAUCAGAAACCACGAAAGGAGCCUUUAAAGAAAAAAAGAAAGCUCAAAAGAAAAGUAAAGGACCAAAAUAAAGAUAAAGAAAAUAAAAAGAAAAAAUACGAUAGUGAAGAUUCCGAUUCUAAACCUCCCUCAUUAAAACCUCAGAGAAUUAGAUCUCCUUUAAGCGAAAAGUCUGGUUCGAUCCCCGGAAGUGAUUUCGACGAUAGAGAACCCGAUUUUCUGAGAGAGUAUUCACCGCCACGACUCGUCAAAGCGACGGAAAUGGAUGUAAACGAAGAUGACAGUAGCGAUUCUCGAUCGAGAGGGGUUACCAAAGUGAAACCGGGAAAACCGAAAAAAGGAACGGGAGUUAUAAAAAAUGUUGCUGCUAUCGAAGCCUUAUCAUUAGCAACCGAACAAACGCUUAAGGAUAUUAACAAAUGGUUGGACGACACACCGCGAUCUUUUUCCGAAUUUUCUUUCGCGAGUAAUUCCCCCUCGAACGUUCUUAGCGAAGAAGAAUUUAGUGGUGUUGGAAAUAAAAUAACCGAAUCCGAGUGUAAAAAAGUUACGAAAACAGAAAAACCCUAUAGGACGAAAGAUAAAGACGGAGUUAAAAAGAGAAAAAACAAUGAUGUUACUAAAACGGUUAAGAGAAAAGAAGUGCAAAGGACUAUUGAAAGACUUCAACCGGGUAAAAGCAAAGGCAACUUAAUCACAACUCUACCCAAGGCGAAGGAAAACACCGAAGAAAGCGGAUUACCCAUGGCUUUGUCAUUAGGAAAAUUAGCUAAAGAAUCUAGAAAUGCUUUACUUGUAAAGACUGAUGAAACGGCUCCGAAACUAAGUUUGGGAACCGUUUUAAAGAGCGAUAUUAUCAGUUUUGGAAAAAGUAAGCAUAAUUUCGAAGAGGACGGAGUCAUCAAAUCGGAAACAAAUCAGGAAGCUGACAAAGAACUUGAAACGAAUAAGAGUGAUUCGAAAAUGAGCGAAACAAAUUUUUUUGAUAAUGUUACCAAAAAAUUACCCGAUGUAAAAUCAGAGACAACUAAAAAUGAUUAUUCGAAAGAUAAAGAAAACGAUUAUGCAGAAAAUGUCAAGGAAAAAGAAUUAAAAUCCGAAACGGAUCCGGAUAAGAAACGAGAUGCUGUCAAAGAAAUAACAAACAAAGACAAGCCCACGCCAAAUUUAAGCGCUUGGUUCAAAGCUUUUGGUGCUCCGAAAACAGUGUCGGCUGUUAAAAAAAAGGGAGAAACAAACGAUCCGUCUUCUACGCCAGGGAGAUCGGGGUGUUCGAGUCCCUUUCAAGAAUCGAAAUCGGGAUCGGCAAUCAAAGUGGGAAAUGAAUCGAAAGAAGAAAGCGAUAAAAAUUGGUUUAGCGAUAAUUAUAAGAACAGUCCGAAUUCGGGGGUGUCUAAUUAUUUGAGCAAAGUAGAAACGCCAUCCAGUGUCGAAAUAGAAGAACCAAAAAGUGUGUCAAUUGCUUCUCCAAUGCCUUCUCCCGAUAUAAGGCCUGGUUCGGCGUCGUCAUUAGGUCAACCCCUUUCUAAUUUACCACCCGCGCCUAGGCAAAGAAAAGCCAGCACGAGUAGCAGCAUGUCGGAACGCUCUUCUUUUAGUCAAGAUCCUUUGGAUGGAUCAUCACCUCAUUUGAGUAUGGAUGAAAGGCUGGGAGUUUAUCCAGCUCCUUAUCCAUCGCCAUUGCAUCGAUCUCCAAUAGCUGCUUCGCCCAUAAUGGCUUCUCCGAAAGGAGAAGAAAUAAAUAAGGGAACUUAUGCGUCAAUUAACGGUACGAUUCGCGUGGGAUUUUAUCAAGACACGUCUUCUAAUUUUCAAAAAUCGAGUCCGGAAAAACAAAGUCCAACUUCGAACAGUCCACGAGAUCAGUGCAAUUCUUCACCUUUUCAAAAUUACUCAUCACACGUUUAUCCUCCUUCAGCAUCUCAAAAUACAAAUAUUAGUAACGUUUACAAGCAAGUUUCACAUUCCACAGCCAAUCCGUACACUUAUCCAACGUCUACCUCUAUCGCCAUCACAACAUCCGGGGGAUUGUACGAAAACCUAUCGCAACACACGAUGUCUUCCAUGAUGAAUUAUUCCGAUCAAUCUUACAGAAACACGAAACCUCAGGAAAAUUAUAACUUUUCACCCAAAUCGGUUCCCUACGGGAAUCCUGAGGUUUGUGCGAAACCUCCGUCUAGCGUGUUUCCCGUGAAGAAGAGAGUUUUUGCUGAGAUCGAAUCUGGAAGACUUCAAAUUCUCAAUGAUGCUCCCAAGUUUCCCGAAUCGCAGCGGAACAUUCAGGAUUCGCCUCAGUCGGAUUCAAGUGCAAACAGAAACAUUUACUCGGAAUCGAGAGAAAAUCCAUCAUCGUCUUUAGGUUACACCAGACUACAACAACCCGAACUUCAAAUGCCCCAAUCUGCACCACAGUACGAACGGUAUCCGCAACAGAAAUAUACUCAAAACGAAAUUCCAAAACUUAUUCCGGAAACACCUACGGAUAUAAAUAAUAUAUCGAAAACAAAAUACGGAAUUCCAAACGUUGACAAUACUCGAAACUUGGGCAACAUAAUGGACAACAUCAAUCGGUUGGGACAAAAUCCGAUGGGAGUGAACAAUCCGGUGGCAAAUUCAAAUCGGAAUUCUUUUUCGAAUUCGAUGGAAGCCGCCGGAUUGGGACGAUUGCUUCAACCACCUGUUAAUAAAAACACAAUCACGGAAGAUCACGACGGAGUUUUCCGCAACAAAUUCCCGCCCGGAAUGGAAAACAUUGGGAAAAUGCCACAGCAGCAAAAUUACGGGAUUCAAGAGGAAGAAAAACGGGUCAUUAAUUCGCCUUCCGUUAAUUUAGCGAGGGGUCAACCAAAUUUAAAUUGUGCCGACGCGAGGACUCCGUGCAGCGUGCCGUAUCAGGCACCCAUGGACGCGUCGCUUCGGCCGAACUUAUCCAGUUUAUCUCACAUAGUUGAUAGGUAUCAGGUAGAAGAAAGACUCAUGCAGCAAUCCGCUUAUUACACGGAUAAAAAUCUUGCCAACAUUUACGGUAAAAACGUGUCAACUUGCGGACCCAUGGACUCUCAACCCCCGAAUCUAACGACCAAAGUAACGAAUCCUCCGGCUACGGUUCAUUCUCAAAUCGCGUACAACAGAGAGCAAGAAUUAAACAUUCCGAAACCGGUUACGUACGCGGAUGCCAAAAAGGGAAGGAAAGGAAGACCGCCGAAAAAUCCGGAGGCAAUGGCCAACAGCGGUGCCGCGGGAAGCAACAACACGGCUUUUCAACAGUACGUAAACAUAAAAUCAAACGAACCUCCCGCAAUAUCAUUAAAAACAGCAAGUGUCGUACCCGGCAGUGCCUUUAACUUCGGUCCCCCGCCGACGAGUUUAGGUCUGAGCAAUCCUUUGUACAGUGAAAAAGAAGGUUACGGUGGAUUUUUAGAAGAUUUUCGGUCUCAAUCGUCAAGUUAUUACAGCAUGGUCGCGGCGGCGACGACGACGACUCACAGGACGACGACGACGACGCCGGAUCCGGCCGUCGAAAAAACGUCAAAUCCUCCUCCUCCGGGUUCGAGUAACGCGUUCCCCUUUUUGGGUCACCCUCAAGCUCGGACUUCGGGUUAUCCACCCCCGCUACCCCAAUUCGUUAAUUCUCAUCAGCCUCCUCUCAUGGAUCCGGCGACGGCAUCAUCUCCUCUAUACCAACAAUACAUACAAAGAUUACAAGAGGAACAAUUGAGGCACACGGGAGUUUUACAUCAGGGUCUAUUGGGACCGUCGUCGGGUUACGCUUCAGGGUAUCAUCAUCCCGCUUUGGGUAUUCCACGUCAACCAUACGAUCGACCAUCGUGGUUAUAA